AUGGUCAAGUUCCGGGGCAUUGAAAUAUGCAUCAUAUCACAGUUCGACAUCUGCAAGCUGCCAGAGUUCCAGUACUGCAAACCAUCUCGACUGAAGGAUCCUUUCCAGGCCAGCAACCAGCGCGAGCACCUGUCCUCCACGCCCUAUCCGACGGCAGGCUGCUUUGUUCCAAUCUACCCGGGCUGCCAGAUUUGGUUCGAGUACACCAUUGACGGUCCUCAUCCUCUAGAAGCUGCCUGGUUCUUCAAGCUCUUUAUAAAUGACAGGGCUAUCACAUCAUGGGAUUGCACAGCAGAGCAUGGCUUCCAUGGCAAAAUGAUGUACAACUUGGUCAGCGAAGGCGUGGAUCCAGACACGGGUGUCGCAGUAGUCAAAAGACAGGCACUAAGAUUCGAAGAUGGGCUGGAUAACCGCGAAAGAGGUGGGCUCGACGAGGAUUUGAUCCAGAUCAAUGUGCACAGGAUCGAACAUAAGAAGCGGGUUCGAGACCUUGAACCAGGCCUGGGGCAGGCCGACGCUGCCAGUGCUAACGCCGAUGUGUUGCGAUUGACAAACAGCGGCUUCCUUGAGCCCUGCGUUCGUCCUCGACGAUACAAGUACCAGCUUCUUGACCCUGUUGACAUGCCUUACGCGGCCUUCCAAUUUCAUUGCCGCCCUUAUGAAUACCUUGAGGAGAACGGCAUUGCUCGUUUGCACGUUUGCCCCUCUUCACGCAGCACCAGAUCCUCAAUCAUGUCGAAGAGUUCAGACAAUAUCCAAUUGUUCCAGGAGUCUGUCCACAACACCGCGCAGGAGCAUGCCGAUGAAGCUUCACCGUUGGGAAGCUCUUCGCAUCAAGUUUCGCCAAUUAGAUCGCCUUUCAAAGUUGGAAAUACCUCUUCAAUAGCAGGGAAACAGACCUUCAAAACGGUCACAUCGUCUGAAAGCUCCGCUAACAUUCCCCUUAGCGAAUCCGACGACUCGCUCAGUGUGAGAACUAAAGAUAGUAUCGAGGACUUGUCGUCGAAAGUUCCGCGAUCUCCAAAGUCUGGGAGAUCACCUGGCCGGCGCGAGAAGAUCAUAGAUGGCGGCCAACCAAAGAAAGAUGCGGAAAUUCCACCAUCGCCGACGCCGUCGACGAGAUCGCCUCGCCAACGCCUGAGAAAGAAGCUCACGGUCAAUAUCAAUGGGGCAUAUUUUGACGUUGACAGAAAACGACGACCGUUGAGCCCCUUCAACGGUGGCGGGAUGCUUAGGAAGGCUCGUGCGCCUCAGACAGCACCAGCCUCAGUCACAGAGUUUGGGCCGACAGUAGGAGAAGAUGCCAGACCUAAGCUCCAGAAGAGUAAGCCGGAAACGGAGGGGAAAGGCGAGAGAUGCGGUUUCAGAACAACAACCGAGGAGCGGGGAGGGAGGAGACUGAUGGGAUUUCUAGGAAGGAGGAUUGCAAGCGAGAAGAAUGCCUAA